AUGAUUGACAAUUUAACUAGCACAAGAAAUUCUCAAGGAAUUAAAGAGAAGGGUGAAACAUAUUCCAUUCAAAAUAAAACCAACGAUUCAUAUGUUUCAAAUUAAAAUGAGUAGCUAAAUUUUGAAACAUCUAAAUAGCUCAACGAUUAAACUAUUAGUUCUAAAAUUGUAAUUAUCUCACCAAUAAGGAAAGAAAGCCAAAUGAGCGACAAAGACUAAAACAUAUUUAGAUUGAAUACGCAAAAAUUUGGCUUAGAUUCAUAGAAUAUUAACCUUGAUAGAAUUAGAAGUUUGAUGACAAAUUAUGCUUCAAAUAAGAGCUAUUUAAAGGAAAUCAAUAAUGUCACAAAAAAAUAAAAUGAUCCUCAUUCUUAGUCAAGAAGUUAUAGUAAAUCUAGCAUAACUUAACUAUUAAAUGAAACAGAGUAACUUCCAUAGUUAUAAAAGUAUACACUUAAGGAUAUAUUUUAUAGAACACCUAUUGGUCCUGUGUUUCAUGAUUUUAAAAAAGAAAUAGCUUAGCCAGAAGGCGAACAAAAAUAAUUUAUGAUGUAGUUUGGAGGUUCGAUAAUGCUCUAUUUUAAAACUCUCAAACUUCUACUAUUUUGCAUAAUCUUUAUGUCUUUAAUGAGUUUAUUUCAACUAAUAUUAAAUAUAUCUAUAAAUAUUACAGAUCCAAAUGAUAAAGCUUAAAAGUAACUUGAUGAAUUUUUAUAUGGAGCUUCCAUAGCUCCUAUUGCCUCAUUAAACAGAAAUUGUAAUUUGAAGGAGAUAAAUUAUUCCAAUAAUGAUUAUCAGUUUAGUUGUCCUUAAGGUUUUGUAAAUGUAGAUUCAAUAAUAAUUGGGACAAUUAACAAUUAUACAAGUUUUAAUAGCAAAGAUUGUUAUUAUUUAGAUCCUUUUUUCGAUGUAAAUCAUUUAUAAGGAUGGAAAAACACAACAUAAUACCAGGAUCUGUUCAAUACUUGUGAUGGGUAAAAGAAGUGUAGCUUUGAUAUUAUUUCAUUGGCUUUGUAAAAAAGGGAAUAUUUAAAUAAUUUAAUAUAUAUUUCUAAUUCAUGCAAAGGAAAUUUAGAGUAUUUAAGUACAAUUGAAGCAUAAUACGUUUAUUUAACUACAGUUUCGAUAGCUAUAGCUUAUUUGAUUGGUUUACUUGUUAUUCUUUACUUACUCUGGAAGAUGAGAGAAAAUUUUUAUGAACUAACUUAAAAGCAAAUGAUACUAUCCUCUAUGUUUUCACUUGAGAUAUCGCCUUUUUAAUUCAUAGAAUCUAAAGAUGAAAUCAAAGAUUAAUUAUGGGAAUUUAUUGAGAAUACUGUAAGAGAGGAAUAAAGAUUUGAUGCUGAUGAUUUAAUAGUUAUAGAUAUUAAUUUUUCUUAAUCAAGAACUGUUUAUUUGAAGCUGUAAUAAGUUAAAUAGCUAGUCAAAAUAAGAGAUGAAAACCUUGCUUCUCUACUUUCAAAAUUCGAAUAGAUUUUUAAUUUAUCUAGUAAAGUAGAAAUUAGCAUUUAAGAACUUUAAUCGUUUGGUUAAAUUCUUUCAUAAAAUAAGGAAUUGCAGAAAAUUAUAAAUAAAAUAAUUGAUUGCUAACAAAAAGUUAGUAAAAUUGUUGAAGAAGAUGUCUAAAAAAAUCUAGAAUGCCAUUUAAUUGAUUUUGCUUGGAUAACUUUUGAUACUAUUUAAAAGAAAUAAAUAUUUGAAAACAAAAUGAAGAAUAUAGGCUGUUGUAAAAGAAAUGAAAAUCUUAAAUUUUUGUAAUCUUAUUUAAAAGUUAGAAAAGCUCAUGCAUCUGAUAAUAUAAUUUGGGACCACUUAUAAUAUUCUUCAUUUUCUCUAUUUUUGAGAAGAUUUUUAUCUGUUUUAGUCACUCUUACCCUAUUUAUCAUAUGUAAUAUGUUUAUUGGCAUUUUCAGAUUUUCUCAAAUGUUUGCAGAAUCUGACAAUGCGAGUUCUUAAAGCACUUUUUGGUUCCUUAUAGCAAUAUUUGCUGUAGAUAAAAUACUAAAAUUUGUUAAUAAAAAGCUUACAAAAUUUGAAAAGUAUAAAACUCAUAGUUACUCAAGCAAAAUGCUUAUUCACAAGCUAUUCUUCAUCGAAUUACUUAACAUAGUAUUAAUGUGUAUAAUCUCUAAUUUCUUUUAUUCGCUAUAAAUUUUCAAAAAAAGUGAAUCUAUGAAAUUUAUUUGGGUAGAUUAACAAUUUUUUAUUAGUGUGGUCUAAGUGAUUUCUCUUAAACUACUAAUCGAUAUAGCUAAGCACCCUUUGGCUGUUUUUAUUUACUUAAUUGCUAAAAAAUUAAGUUAAUUUUAUGAUCGCAAGUUUUAAAAUUCAAUAAACAUUUCAAGAAAACUUCUCUUGAAGGACUGGAUUGAAAUGUAUACUUAUGAGGAUUUUCCAUUAGAGAAAAGAUACUCUUAGCUUUUAGUGACAUUUUAUGCUGCAUUUCUUUUUGGAUCAGCUGUUCCUCUUUUAUUUUCGUUUGUUUUGUUUUAUCUAAUCUUGCUAUUUUGGAUUGAUAAGAUUUACUUUUUCAGAUACUCAAGGAAACCUAAAAUAUAAGAGUCUUAACAAUUUGAUGUAUUUUUUAAGUUAAUACAACAUCUUUUCCCUUUAACUUGUUUAGCUAAUUGUGUCUUUUUUGGUAGUCCUGUUUUAUUUAAUAUUGAAGAUUAUUUUAUGAAUGAUUACCUUGAUUAAAAUAUUGAUAAACUGUCUGGCUUUGCACCUAUUUACAGGGAUUUUUUUGGGAUAAGCAUAACUACUUGUUUUACUUUCAUUGUUAUUUUUUAUUUUACUUACUAAGUUACAAGUAUCUUUAUAAAUAACCCUCUUAGAACUAUACAAAAUACAUUCUCCAAAAGUAAAGGCUAGCUAGUUUACAGCAAUUAUUCAACUUAAUCUUUCUUAGAAUUUUGUAAUGAAUAGAAAAUUUUAAAGCUUAAGUUAAAUUUGGAAAAAAAAAUUAAGUAGUCUGUUAACUAAAAUUAUAAGUAAAAAUUAGCAAAAGUUUUACAAUACAUAGAUAAUAUAAAAUUGAAUUCAGUAUUUAAUUAAAGAAAUAACAGUAUUAUUGGUAGCUUUGAUUACUACUAAAAUGAAAAAUGA